AUGUUGUCAUUCAUUGCGCUCGUUACUCUCUUUUUGACAUGCCUUCAAACCGCGUUUGCGAAGUGCAAAUCUUACGGCCUGGACUAUAAGGAUGGCAAGAGCUACAGCUUGGUGCGAUCUAGCUCUGCCUUCAGCGGACACGAGGAAUUCACGGGCUGCGACAACGAUCAAGCGAACAAUGUCCUGGUCGACCCGCAAGGAAACGAAUACCAAUGUUCAUCGACACCGCUGCAACCGGACAGCACAUCUCAACAAUAUGUCUGCAACGACUGGACUUACGACACGAUGUAUACUGGUGAAUGGUCCAUCAUUGUGAUUUCCAACAACGGCAACGGCGACCCCGUGAACUUCCAGCGUGACUUCUACCUUGACUUUGGCGAUGGCGCUGCCGCCACCACGACAUCGACAUCCUCGAGCCUCCUUUCCGAAACCAGCCUGUCCAGUCUGUCUAGCAUCAGCCUUGAAGUGUCCAACCCCGUCGAGACCAACGCCGCCGAAACCACCAAGACCUACGCUAUCACCUUGUUCGGCCGCGACCUCCCCGCUCUGCCGACUACUCUUCUGCGUGUGGUCAAGAGGAACGAGACGGAAGCAUGGAGCGCAUCAUACUCGGAGAAGAAGGCUGAGCCCACGACCACGCUCGACGUGACCUUGACCAGCACCAUCACCUCAUUCUUCACUGUCGAGCCAACCCAAACUCCCGUCCACGCACCCCUCAAGAGCAUCAGGCCUCUCAGCGGCUGGAACGGAACCAGCACACACUCGUCCACCUGGAUGCUCGCCAGCUCGCUCGCAACCGCCGCGCCCUCAACAACAAAGACCGUCACCGUCUUCCAGGCAACCCCAACCCCUGAGACCAGCAGCUCUGCCGCAGCACCAGCCAUCCCCACCGUCGGCGGCCACCCCGCCGAAGACCACGUCGCCCCCAUCGCGCCAACUUCCCUAGGCAAGCAAUACCAAGACCUCGGCCACGGCGUCGCGGACAACCACGCCCACUCGCACUCCAACUCGACCAGCGGCGCCUACUCGCAGGAAUUCCGCCUCGCGCUUCUCAACGGCGACAAGCCCGACGACGAGACCCGACGCCAGUUCGUCGAAGAGCGCCACCGUGUGCUGCAGGGAAAUUAA